GAGACAGGAGCCCAGUCCUCAGUUUCCUCAUUUCUAAAAUGGACAGAAGCACAAGUGACAAUCUGGCGACAGGCGCCGCACCGCGCAGCGCUGCGCCGGGCCCGGGGUGAUGUCAGGCGCCGGGAUUCCUCAUCAGCCCCGGUUCACGCCCGGCUGUCCACCUGCCGUCGCCGGGCUGCAGUUUGCCCACAAGCCAGCUGGGGCUCAGGAGGAGUCCGCCUCUCCCGGCUCCGAGAGCGGAGGUCGCACAGCCGGCCAGGACCGGCCCCGGGCGCGGCUCCCGGCAGGGGAAUACGCUGAGGGGGUCAGUGAGCGAGACAUCCUGCUUAUCCACUCCUGCCGCCAGUGGACAACGGUGACAGCCCACACACUGGAGGAGGGCCACUAUGUCAUUGGGCCCAAGAUCGACAUCCCCCUGCAGUACCCAGGCCUGGCUCUGCACCUUGAAUGCCCCUGUGCAGGGAAGUUCAAGCUCCUGGAGCAGGCCCGGGAUGUGCGGGAGCCGGUGAGGUACUUCAGUAGCGUGGAGGAGGUGGCCAGUGUCUUCCCCGACCGCAUCUUUGUGAUGGAAGCCAUCACCUUCAGCGUCAAGGUGGUGUCAGGCGAGUUCAGCGAGGACAGCGAGGUGUACAACUUCACGCUGCACGCGGGCGAUGAGCUCACACUCAUGGGCCAGGCGGAGAUACUGUGUGCGAAGACUACCAAGGAGCGCUCGCGCUUCACCACGCUGCUGCGCAAGCUAGGCCGCGCCGGGGCGCUGGCCGGGGUGGGCGGCUGCGGCCCGGGAGGCGCGGGGACGGCGGGCGGCGGCGGGGGCACCAGGCCUGUCAAAGGCAAGAUGCCCUGCCUCAUCUGCAUGAACCACCGCACCAACGAGAGCCUGAGUCUGCCCUUCCAGUGCCAGGGCCGCUUCAGCACGCGCAGCCCGCUGGAGCUGCAGAUGCAGGAGGGCGAGCACACGGUGCGCGCCAUCAUCGAGCGCGUGCGGCUGCCGGUGAACGUGCUGGUGCCCAGCCGGCCACCGCGCAACCCCUACGACCUGCACCCGGUGCGGGAGGGGCACUGCUACAAGCUGGUCAGCAUCAUCUCCAAGACCGUGGUGCUGGGGCUGGCGCUCCGCCGCGAGGGCCCGGCGCCGCUGCACUUCCUGCUGCUCACCGACACGCCGCGCUUCGCGCUGCCGCAGGGCCUGCUGGCCGGGGACCCGCGGGUCGAGCGCCUGGUGCGGGACAGCGCCUCCUACUGUCGCGAGCGCUUCGACCCGGACGAGUACUCCACGGCCGUGCGCGAGGCGCCCGCCGAGCUGGCCGAGGACUGCGCCAGCCCGCGCCGCGCGCGCCUCUGCCUGCCCGCGCCGCGCGCCCCCGGCCCCGUCCGCGCGCCCGGCCCGGGCCCUCCGGCGCCCCCUGGCGACGGCGAGCAGGAGUACGUGAGCCCCGACUGGGCGGGCGCGCCCGAGAUCCCCUACGAGGAGCUGUGGGCGCCCCCGGCGCCGGCGCCCGCGCCCGACCUCAUCUCCUUCGGGGCCGCCCCGCCGCCGCCGCCGCCGCCGCCGCCGGGUCGCGAGCCGGAGCCGCCGCCGCCGCCCGUCCCUCCCAAGUCCGAGGCGGUGAAGGAGGAGUGCCGCCUGCUCAACGCGCCCCCUGUGCCUCCCCGGGGCGGCGGUGGCCGGCCGGCGGCGGGCAGCCCCCCUGUGCCGCCCCGCUUCCCCAAGCUGCAGCCCGUGUACUCGCCCAGCUCCAGCCUCUCCUACUACUCCUCCGGCCUCCCGGAUGGGGCGGGUUCCCGCAGUGGCAGUGGCUCCCCGUCGCCGGAUGCCUACUCCCUCUAUUGCUACCCCUGUACCUGGGGAGACUGCAAGGUGGGCGACUCUUCUAGCCGCCCACCCCCGGGACCCCAGCCCUCAACAACCACACAGCCCAGCCAGGCCUCACGGGCCCUCGCAGAGCCUCUGAAUGGGAGAACCACCUCCCUCUUGGGCGGUGACACGCUGGUCAAGACCUACCAUGGCUGCCCGCCUCUUUUCAAGUCCUCUCACCCCCAGAAACGAUUUGCCCCACUAGGGGCUCUCAACCCUUUCUCUGGGCCCAGCUACCCCUCGGGCCCUCCUGCGAUCUCUGCUGGGCCCACAGCCACCUCGGGCUCCCUGGCUCCCUCCAGCCCUGCUCAUUCCCCUGGACCAGCCUCACCAGGUCGAGCCUACUCCGCUGUUCUGCCCACUUCCCAGGCGACCUCUGAGUGGCAGGAGCCAGCCUUGGAGCCCUUGGAUCCCUUCGAGCUGGGCCAGAGCAGCUCUCCGGAGCCUGGGCUGCUGCGCUGCCAGGAGCCCAGAGCUGUGGGGGCACCUGGGCCUGGACCCCGCCUUUCACCACUUGGUCCCCCCAAGGUUUUUGAGCCCGAUGGUUUGGUGCCAAGGCAGGCACCCACACCACUGUCACCAGCAGCUCUGCAGGGCUCUGAGGCAGGAGGAGCCCGCCUCUUUCUCAGCCAAGGGUGCCUGGAAGGGACUCUCGCCAGUCCCAGGGACACCCCCUCCUGGCAGCCCCCUGCGGACCUGUCUGCGCUCUCCCUGGAGGAAGUCUCCCGAAGCCUGCGCUUCAUCGGGCUCGCGGAGGACGUGGUGAACUUCUUUGCCCGAGAGCGCAUUGACGGCAGCAUCUUUGUGCAGCUCAGCGAGGACAUCCUGGCUGACGACUUCCACCUCACCAAGCUGCAGGUCAAGAAGAUCAUGCAGUUCAUCAAGGGCUGGCGGCCCAAGAUCUGAGCUGCCAGCUCGGGCCGCACCGCUGCAGUGCUGGCAUGGGGCUCUGGGAGCAGUGGAGGGUCUGUGGGAACCACCCUCCUGGAGAGAGGGGUCCUGCCUGUUGUAGGGAGACUCUGUACCAGGACCCAGUCACUCUGCAGCCGCUCAGCGAUGCACAGACCCACAGGGCACCUGCUGUCUCUGGGCAGGGUGUGUGGGAGGGGAGGCACUGCCGGGAACUUGGCCUGUGAUUCAGAGGGUGUGUGUGUGUGUGUGUGUGUGUGUGUGUGUGUGUGAGGCAGUGGCCUUCACGGCGAUGGAUCACCUUUCCUGCCCUGCCCUGCUGCAGCCCUUUUGCAGCAGAUGGGUUCAGGUUAGAGAGAUGGGAAGAAAAUGGCCCAUAAUUCAAGCACAGAUUCCCAAGUGCCCACUGCCUUUGUGCUCCAUGCCCAGUAAGGGGUGCAGCUUCUUGUUGCUGGGUGGCCGUUCUUCCCCCGUGGUGUCCAUGAGGUAGGUCCCUGACCCUGAGCACAGAUGACUCAAGUACUAACCUGUGCUCGGCACCUCAGAGGCCUCACGCCUGGGCCCCGUUUCAUGGGCGAUGACGUGGGAAGAGCCCUGUUUUGCUGCUGAUUUCUCUGGUUGGGGCACCUGGCAGGUGCUCCCUGGCCGCCUGGUGCCCUGGGUCCCUGCUGUCUGUCCUGUUGGCUAGGACUCCAGUCUCCUGACUGUGUGGGGAGAGCAGCUGGAUUUAGGACACUUGAUCCCAGAAACAAGCAACCCCCAUUCCCAUCAUCUCUUGCCCCCGGCAUUUGGCUCUGAGCGCUUGGUGGCCUCCCCUGGUUUCCUGGCACUGGCAUGGGGCACAGUCGGGGCAGAUGGCAGCUUGUGGCUUGGGAGACACUGCCUUUCACUCCUGCAGCUCAGUGCUGUGCUGUUGACACGCUCUAGAGACCUUGGUGCCUUUCAGCCUUUCCUUUAUACUGGGGAUUGAACCCAGGGCCUGGUGCGUGACAGACAAAUGCUCUACCACUGAGCUCCAUCCCUGCCCAGCUCUUUUAGAUUUUCUGUUUUGAGAUGGUCUUGCUAAAUUGGCCAGGCUGCUUCAAACUUAAAAUCCUCCUGCCUCAUCCUCUCCAGGAGCUGGGACUACAGAUAUGUGCCACUGCCUGGCCAAGUGCCCAGCAGUCUUGAGCACGGCGACCUGGGUAGGAUCCAGUGCUCUGGUCGUUGUGUACAGGCUCCCAGCCAGAGCACACUGCUCCUCCCACCCGCUGGUAUCAGUGCGCAGAGUGGACAGCCCUCUCUUCUGCCUUAACUGGUCUGCCUAGGUAUUUAUUUCCUGUUUCUUCCUGCGAGUAGCUAAGCCAUGCUGACACCGGACCCUUAUCCCUGCCCCAGCUGAGGGAGCGAAGUCAGAGUAGAGCAGAGACUGCGUGCUCAGAUACUGGGUUUUCUCACAGACGGCUUACUGAAUCCUCAAGGACUAGUGAAAUAAAUGCUAGCCCACCGAGGACUGCA